GAAAGCAAACAGAGUAAAGCGCUGUAACGUGAGGAAAUGAACGUCAUUGAAACGCCCUACAAAGUGUACGUUGGGUUGACCUCUUUUUCCUGCCAGCGCUCCGAAACAAAACUACAGCCAUCUCAUGCCCACGAUGAAAAUAUGGCAGCUGGAAGAGCAAGGUCCUUCAACCGUGUUGGGAGUCUCAUGCGGAGUAAAUCUGAGGGGACACUGAUUGAUCUGGACGACAAAGUCUCAACCAGUGACAACCUGAAUGGUGGGUAUGCGACACAGAACUCCGAGUGGCCACUUUUACAGCCAGAAGUCGCAUGUUCGGCUCAGUCGAAAAAUCCUUUUUGGAACAAACUGUCAGGAUCAAAUCCUUUCUUAGAUGACAUCGUACACAGCAGCACAGAACAACAUAUUUCCAACACAUCGAAUGUAAAACAAGACAAUGAAAAACAUUUGGACAUAAAUAACGACGACGCCAUUAGCACGUCUUCAGAUGAAGGCAACAUGGGGAAGUUUUUGGAAAACAAACAGAAAGUCAGCAACAGAUCUGGGAGAUGGAGAAGUGCGUCGGACAUCCUGGAUGAUCUGGAGAGAAAAGUGCCAAAACAGGAGAACAGCUUCAAACCUCUGGGACCAGUGCUGAACCCAGAUUUUGAGUGGCUAAAGAAUGACAGAGAAGCCUACAAGAUGGCCUGGCUGAGCCACAGGCAGCUCACCCGCUCAUGUCUGGACUUAAAUCUGAUGAGCCAGAGUCCAGGGUGGGCUCAGACACAGGCUACAGACUAUCAGGUCACAGGCAAGAUGUGCCACGCUGGAGGCUCAGUACAGUUGCCAGACUCAGAAAUUACCAUCCAUAUCCCAGAAGGCCAUGUUCCUUCUGGAGAAGUUCAGGAAGUUACACUGAAAGCAUUGCUGAACCCUCCUCCUGGACUCAAUAACAACUAUGUGACAACCAUUAGUCCAGUUCUAGAGGUGGUCCUCAGCAACAUCAACAUAAAGGAGUGCAUCUCUCUGGAGAUGAAACUGGCCGCAGAGGUGAAGAGUGACCCAUUGAGUCAGGUGAUGACUACUCUGGUCGGGCUUGUGUCCAACAAAAGAGAGGGACCUUAUCUUAAAGUGAGCGACUGUUACAUUAACAAGAACAUGUUGCAGAUGACGCUGCAGGACCUGAAGACGCAUUUCUAUGUGGUUGCGGUCGCAGAGGCCUCUGCAAUCCAAUCUCCUGCUACAUCAGUGUGGGAUUACCUUCACCGCCAAAUCACAGUAGCAGUUUAUGGUCCCAGGUACAUCCAUCCAUCAUUCAAGGUUGUACUAGUGGUUUGCGGUCACGAGGACGUUCCUCCAAGGCUUCCGUUUUCAGUUACCUUCAAAGGGAACAAAAACGUACCUCCACUUGUGCUGGAGCUUUGGGGAAAACACGGGUUUAAACCAGACAAACUGAGUAACCUGCAUGUCGGUAUUAGCCUCACAGGCUCGAUGUUUAAAAUCAAACCUGAGGACCAACUGAAAGAAGUGAGGCAAAGUCAGCUCAAAAUAGGGACAGUUUUGCAUCUGCCAGUUGCGUUAUCUUGUGAGAGCAAUACAGAAAUGACUCCUUUUAAAUUAGACCUAGAAGUGAAGGAAUCGAACGCUGCAACUGUUGCACAUUUCCAGGUGCCUUCCCCUCCCGCAGCACCCAUCAGGUCAGAAAAGCGAGUGCCGAGGCAGAUGGAAAAGCGCAUUGAAAUGACAAGAAGCUCGCCUAUUCCUGAGGAAAGUGUUCCCGAUUUCUCCAAAUUCACAAGUAAAUCUGUGAACCUACAGUGGUACGGUGUCGUCCUGAAGUCUGUCCUGCGUCAGCCACGUGUAGAUUACCUUCUGGAGUAUUUCAAGGGGGACACGGUGGCUCUCCUAUCCAGAGAGACGGUCAGAUCAGUGGGGAAUUCAAAAGCAAAGGAGUGGUAUAUUGGAUUCCUCCGAGGCAGGACAGGUUUGGUUCACUGCAAGAACGUCAAGCUCAUAACCAGCGAUCAGGUGAUUGACUUCACCGGCAUUCGAGUCACCACAAAGGUCCUCUUGGACAACAUGACACUGCCCUUCAAGAAGCUUACUUACAUGUACUCUGCCAUCCAGACCUUGGUUACUGAACACAUAACCAGCUGGAGAGGAUUCGCUGAUGCUUUAGGGUACAGCAAUCUGUCACUGGACACCAUCAUACGGAGGCACGCUGAAACUGAGGCUGAUAAAGUGGCCUGCGUGCUGGAGAAGCUGAAGGAAGAUUGCCACGCGGGGAAGAGCAAGAAAAAGUUUCUGCAUGAACUCAUGGUGGGUUUGUUGAAGAUGGACUCUGUGAAUCUCGUGGCCCAGCUUAUUCAGAACACAGUCAUUUUGUCCACCGCGGUGGAGCUGGGAGUUCGAUGGCGGGAGCUCACUGAAAAGAUGGGGAAGCUUUCCAGCGCUCAGAUAGCGGGCUAUGAGGCGCCGCACCGAGGGAAGAGCGGAGAAGUCGUUGCCCAGUCAAUGUGGAAGCCCGCCUAUGACUUCCUGUACUCCUGGAGUCUGCGCUAUGGAGACAGCUACAGGGACAUGAUUCAGGAUCUGCACCUGGUGCUGGACAAAAUGAAAAACCCUGCCACCAGACAGUGGAGGCAGCUGACUGGUGCCCUCAUCACAGCAAAUUGCCUCGAUAUCUUUCGAGCCUCUGCGUACCCAAAUUCCUAAACUUUACGCAAGUGCACACUAUUGAUGACAGCAGCUUCCACGCACUUGGAAAAAACAGAGAGGUUUUGUUACACAGCAAUAAGGUUAUGAUGUUUGUUUUUUUAUUGUACUUUGCUCUUUUUCUGUUGUGGUAUACUUUUUCAUUUUUACACAAAGUGUAAGAAGCUACUUUAUUGAAAUUCAAUCAGGUACUUGCACUAAAUGUUUGGAUGUCACUUGGUGAAUGUAAAAUAUGUUCUCGCAAUUUUGGAGUUGUGAAGGAGUAUCACUUUAUCUUGCAAAGCGUAGAAAAUAAAGUGUAGUUUGUCACUUUUCUCUAUACAUGUCGGUGCAAAGCCUUAACGUGAACGUUUAUUUUGUUGGUCAUUUUGAGGCAAAUGUUUAGACAUCAGCUGUCCUGGGUGUCAAUAAUCUUUGUUUUAAUCUUUUAUUCAUUUGCCUUUUCAUAGUAGGCUAAUAUUACCCUAUACAUUAGCAGUUAAUGCAAAUGUUCAUCACCUAAAGAGCAGGUCAAAUUAUUAUUUAUGUACCCAAUUCAAUUUAUUCUACCACAUUACUUAAUUCAUUGACUGUAUUUCGUUAGUUUCUUUAAUAAAGGAUCCACACUAUUAGGAUCUAGGUCACCUUUAUGGAUCCUGUGAAAACCAGUGGGACUUUUUUUUAUGUUUUAGUUUUCUGAAAUAUACUGUAAGUAGUUAAUAAUAAUGUGAAACCGGUUUCUUACCAACAAGCUCAAGGGUUGCAGUACUGACAGUACAUUACUCUUUAUUGGAGUUUGUGUUCUGAAAAUGAGAAUGUUCUACCAAAGUGAAAGUUUCCUGAUGCCAGUAAACGCACCACAAGACACUACUACACUAAGUGUCAUAAACUAUUGUCAUAAAUAUUUGUGUAUUUUCCUAUUUUUUAUACUGUAAUGUUUUCGAUAUGUGCAAAGCAGAUCAUUUCAUAAAGGCAUACGAUGUAACCGUUGUGUUUGUAUCAUCAUGUUUUAAUGGCCAAAUGGAAACCUCAUUGUUAA